AUGUCACACUUAGCUUUUCCGUUGGGCAGAAGUUUGCGUGCAACAUCAUUAUUACAUGUGCAACCGAGCGCUGUCGUUGCUAUGCGUUUGGCCGGUCAAACAACGAAAAAUGAUCGGGGUAGCAGACAUUAUCAAGAAAACGAAAAAUUCGACAGUGGUUCGAGUAACGAUGAAACUGAUUCAGUGAAUCAAUCAACGAAAAAUCAACAAAGUGGUGCUAAUCAAUCGGGAAGUCAGAAAUCAGGAAGCUCGACGAGCAGCCACGAAUCAAGCGGUAGUCAACGAACCGGAACAUCUGGUAACACGAAUCAGAAUCAACCAGGAGGUUCGUCAUCUUCAAAAAGUGGAGGUUAUGGUGGCAGCGAUCUAAAUAACUCAUCGAAAUCAGGCAGUGAUAAUCGAUCGGAUAGCCAACGACCAGGUAAAACUAGUGGUCAAUCAACAAAGUCGAAUCAACAAGGUGGAAGUUCAUCUCAAUCAAAAGAUAAAAAACAUUAA